AUGAUCGAUUGGAGGGAACGUGGAUAUGUACCAGACUCCGAUGAUGAGGAUGAGGACAUUGAGAAUGUUCAGAUGGUCCCUCGUUGCAGCAACAUCCAAGAAGUCGUCGACAAUGGAUCUCCUCUCCCGAGCGGAUCAGCUCGCCCGCCUCAUAAGCCCACGCAACUUCAGCACAACGAUGGAAACAGUGUGCUUGAUGAGAUUUCCACUACUGGCAAGACUGUUGUUCCACCUGAACCGCAGGAUCCAGCCAAGAGUUCGAUCUCACCAAUCCAUCGGGCUCAAAGUUUCCCCCCGGCAAUAACCAUCGCUGGAAUCUCCUCACAAUCAACUGCCACUCUUCUCGAAGCCGAGCUACAAAAGGGGCUUCGAACCGUGCACCAUGUGCUGUCGAGUGCAAACGAUGGGCUGGUAGUCGAUGAUAACGACAGCGAUAGUCCUCUUUCAUCGCCGCCUGACUCUCCACAGAGUGUGCAUGGCCUUGACCCCCCUGUCCCUGGCUCUGCAAAUAUUCCUGAUAAUAGACGGACUGACGCUGCUCUGCACGACGAUUUGGUCCGACAUUUGAUUGGACGCUCCCUCAGAACUCGAAAUCCGAUUCAGCUACACCCAUACGCACUCGAGGAUGCCAGAUACCGCCAGAGUUUGAAGGAAAGGGGGCUAAGACCUGUUCGGGCCCCAAAGUCUGGCCUGAAACUUCAGCAUGGACCCGAAGAGGAGUCCCAGGAUGCGGAAACAUGCGAAAGCUGCCAGACCCAAGCGCUGGAUCAAGAUCCUCAGUCCACCAGCCAGGUCCGAACGACUAGUGAUGAGGAAUCUCAAAGUCCUAUACGUGCCACUCGGACUCGCCCGACUGUUUUUGAUCCGCCAUUAGACGAUGAUUUACCCGAGCUAUCAGACCUUUUGAGUGGCACCAUUCCUCAUGCCGUGUCCAAAACGGCGAGGUUUCCGAAGAAUACGAAGCGACGAGGCGUUUCGGCAACGAUGAUUUCAAAUGACGACUUUCAAAUUUAUGAUCUUCCAGGAGACGAAGGUAGCGCAGGAACUAGGGCUACAAUGAAGAGGAGGAGCUUACUCGUUCCUCCGUCCCCACCCCAAUCACGAGGAACAUUGUCUUCAGAAGACAGUCUUGAUUCCCUCGACCACUUAUCAUUGCCAGGCAGCACCACGCCGCGACCUCUUCCGACUCCGUUGCUAUCAUCCGACAGAAACGCUAGGAAGAAAUUGAUUGAGCCACUCAGUUCAGAUUCGGAGAUAUCCAUUGAAAGUGGCGGAGUUGAAGACCUUGGUAGUUCUUCUGAAAGCUCCGUGGGUAAUCCACAAGGUAUACAAGGAAUACGCCGCAAAAUCAAAGGUGUAUUACCGGCUUCUUGGCUGAAGUUAGACAUUAAUAAGCAGCAGCGCGGUCACGAGGGAGAUAGAAGACACGGACGGUCGCCGAUUAAGGCCAAUCUAGAGAAGGGGGUUGCGCAACGAGUCUCAAGAACCGCGCGGCCCAACAGACUAAACAGCCAUAUUGAGUCAAGAACCGAGUUUCCGGCCCUUUUUGCCGAGAGUGAUUCAGAUGAGCCUGCUUCAAGUGGCGUCAAUGAGGCGACGUAUGAUGCUUCAAUAGAUCUCGCUGAUGAUGUGGUCGAAGACAACACAGUUGAUGCUAUGCUUGCUCCUAAAGCCCGAAAGACAAUAUCAAUCCGCAGUGAGCCCCGAAGAAGAGGCGACACGCGGGCAAAAGCACAAUUGACGCGUGAUGGCAGAAGGCGUGGUGCCGAUGCAGAUACUCGUCAACAGGUGAAUUGGACAGCGAAAAGACUUGAAUUGAAGCGAAAUUCACGUUCUGCGAAAAGAGUGAAGAAGAAGCACGGAAAGCCACAGAUGACCAUUUUAGAAGCCCCUGGCUUCAAAGAGAAGGAGGUGCCACGGUUUCUGAAAAUUGCUGGAAGACGUAAAGCAAGAUUUGUUGAGCGCCUGGCACAGGAGCCAGCUCGGAAGUUCUUCCAACUGUCGACGAUUCAGGAUACUAUAGACGUCAACAGAGAGUUGGAACUAUGGAAAAGUCGGCAAAAUAUGGGGGGUGGUGCUGACUUUGAUAACACAGACCGUGCUCUUCAUUCUCAACCACGCUGUGACAAUAAGGAGGAUCCUGCAAUCACCUUCAAUCAGCCGACCUCGGAACUCGACUCUCUAAAACAAGCUACCAAAGAUACUCUUCAACGGAUAAAUCGAAAUCAUCAAUUCGAUCCCUCACGAUCAACGAACACCAUGGAUCGACAGGCCCUGUCUACUACGAUCCGUGGCUUCUUUAUGGCUCAACCUGGACAGCGGAAGAAAAUCCUUCCUGGGUCGUUGCAGCCUUCGAUCGAAAAAUUUCGAUCGUCUUCUAGAAAACAUACAACCAUGGUUCGCGCCCCAAAACCCGCAAAAGAGCAAACGGUCCUGUCGGCAGUCCGCGGUACCUUGGGCAAUGACGUUCCUUCUGCGAAACGCUAUCAGCGGAAGACAAAGCCCAUCAGGAGACUAAGUGACACAAGACGCCAUAGCCUUCAGGAUAGUUUGUGCUACGAUGGCAAUAUCGCUGAAAGUGACAAUCAUCUGAGCUCGAGGUCUAGCAGUGCUCAAAGCCUCAGUGUACCCGCCCUUCAUUCUCUCUCUCCAAUAUGCAAUGACCUUCAGAGACCUCCAAAAUCCAUUCUCCAACAUGGCAUGCUCUCCACUGCGAUGGAGUUUCUGAAGAAUACCUUGGUUUCCUCUACACUAACAUCAAUGACCGUCCUUACUGGCCUGUUUGAAGCCAGGGUCGCACACACAUCAAUCAGGACACCAAUAUCCGAGCAUGCUGUUCCAUGUAAUUCCUGGUCACAAGCUACCCAGGACGUCACCCGUCAAGCUUUUGUGGAAAUUCUGUCAAUCAUCAACAGCGAUACCAGCCAGGACGCGUACAUCACUAUGUUGCGAAGCGCUACUCGAUCAUUGCAGACUAUGGUCACGUACGUUAACGAGAGCCUCUACUUCGACAAUCAGAUUCAGCUAAAGAGCUUCGUCCAAUAUAUGGCAGAGAAUCUGGAGACGGUCUCGCAUUCAAUCAGUUCAUACGUGACGGUGGAUUCGACCUCGAACUCUUUUGAGCUGCUUCAUAUGCUCAACAACUUGAUGCUUCUGGCAUAUCAAGCUUCCAGGGUCGCGAUGAUUGAUGCGGAUAUCAGCACGAAAAGAUGUACCGAUACUCUUCAUAAACUGGCCACACAAGCCUUUGUACUGGCAUUUCGAAAAGAAUACCUCAGAAAAAUCUGUCGAGCUGUGAGCAAUAAUCUUGAAGAUAAGCCCGCUGUAAGCGCAGCUCUUGUGGAGAUAUCGGCUUCUGAAAUCGAGACUAUAGCCAUAAUCCACAAGCUCGGCUGCAGCUACGCGUGUCUCUCUCAAUUAAACGGAGUCCUUUCAGGCCAUCAGAUCUAUACCUCAUUCAAACAGCCGGAUGAGGCUCUUGCUUACAUCAUUAUGUCCCUCGCAUCUUUCUGCACUAUUCUUGGAAAGACUGAGGUAGAAAAAUACGAUCGGCAAAGAGGUUCUUCUUUGGCGUCACUAGGACUUAUAGCAUUGUCAAAUGCAGUGAAUGCAUUCAUCCCCUUCUCCUUGGAUGAGCAACACAAGAGACGGAAAGAUCGAAGAUACACUGCUAUGCUUCAGCGCUUUGGGAUCACGGCUUUCCAGUGGUGUCUUUAUCUAGUACGCAUCUUGGACACUAAUGAUGUGAACAAUCUUUUAAGGAAGAUGUUCAAACACUAUUCCAACAAGACGAACAAUAUGCUCGACUUCUUCGGCCACACUCGUUCUGGGGCACCACCAUUUCUCGACAAUCAGCUCCCUGUUUCGGAUUUGGUUCCUGAGCCCCAUGACACAGAUUAUGACCUGUUCUUGAAACUCGUCGCCUUCAACCUCGGUUCCAUUCCGGAUAGCGAUCAUGAUGACACUGGAAUGGAAGCAAAACACGCUAUGCGCAAACUAUCGCUGAUAUUCAGUCUCUUGCCGAAUACGGGUCCUGAUGUUGAAGAUGAUAAGCCAUUGCAUACUGUGGAUUAUCACUCCAUGGCCAAUCGCUAUCUCUUAUUCGUAACCUUGUACCACUACUCCCCUACAGGACUGAAACCUGAGCUUUCACAAAUUCGGGGACUUGUCAAGUUCGGCAAAGCUCAUUCUGCUGUGUGUGGUAUCGUUCUGGACUGCUGGCUCAGAAUUGUCAAAUCCAUUGUCUCACAGCCAGCGUACACAUUAGAGCUACGGCAACUUGGAUCGUGGAUUCAGGACAUGAUCGUUCAAAUCCAUGAAAAGAUUGAGCUGCUCCCGGUCAGCUCUACCCAGUUUGACAAUAUCGAGAAACAUCUGCGAAAUCAAGAUAGCGCUAAUCAACAGCUACGCAAGCUCGCUGGAGUGUAUGCCGACGCCAUCGACCUCUGCUCUACUGAAAGUCAAGCAACCGAUCUAAUCCAAGGCGAUCGAUUGGAUGACUUGAUCGAAAUGUGCAAUCCUUCCUUGGAGCUUGACGACGACACAGUCGCAGCUAUCUUCCGUGUCCUUAUACCUUACAUCAAGAAAUGCCACAAUGACCUCAGCCCGGUACUGGAAGUUCAACAACAGAUACGAAGAAUUCUCGUUGCACAGCUUCACCGAGCAGAACCCCUGAAAGACACAUUGCUGGCCUCAUUGGUUGACUUAUGGUUCGCCAUUGCCUACUGUAAGGUUGUAUCGGGUAGCGAAGAUUGGGAUACCUAUCUUUCCAAUUGGGGAGCCUAUUCCUUUCCAAGGCUUGCAAGUAACGCACCGGGCACCCAUUGCCACAUCCUUUUCGUGAGUAAGGUUGUUGCUGACGAGGAAUACCUGAAAACGAAUAUGUUUGAUAUCCUUGAAAUCUGGUUGUCUUCCAUUCUGAAGCCAAUAGGUGAGAUGAAGUUUGAGCACAUUGUGACAAACAAACUACUGCAGCAUGCUCCACGCGUGCUUGAAUUGGCUGCUCUGUUUCCGGAGAGAAUGAUCGGGAUACAAACUUCAGUUCUCAGCUUCGAUGAUUUCAUCCAACAACGCCCAUCCAUCCUGAAACACGUUAUCCGUCAAAUCUACCUUGUUGGGCGGACCCGAAUCCCCGCGGCAGAGUCCUCCAAGGAUCAGUUGCUGCGACUACUACGCACCAUUUCUAGAGCCAUGAACAAUACUUGGGAAAGGACCCCACACGGAGAAAGAACAGCGUUAGCUGCUUUUAUGCAUGGACUUAUCUUCGAGCUUAAUGCGUCUCCAUUUCCAGAGUUCAAUUGCGACUUCUCUUACAUUUCGUAUGCUCCAACCGCUGAAGACAAAGCUAUCCAGCUCGAAGGCCUGUUUAUUCGCAGCGCGGCACAGCCUGGUCGUGUCAACUAUGAACUUGCCGUCCAGGUUCUUGGGAGCGUCUGCCAGUUGGCGUCCUCGAGGGAGAAGGACGAAAUAGGCGAUCGUCUGGGCACGACAUUCUCCGCAGGUGACUUCAAUUACAUCGAUGAUGAUGGGCAGUUUCGCUUGGAUAUUGAUGCUCAGCUAGUCUUCAUGAAGGCCGUCUUUCCUGUCUGGCUUGAGCUUACUUGGACCCAAGUCGUCGAGCAUAAUCAUUCUGUGGUCAAACUCCUAUGUAUUGUUGCCUUCAGCGUUCUCGAUAGCCUGGAAACGCGAAUCGAUCUUGAAGACCAGACUCGAAUGGAACAAUUUGCUGAAGUGUGUGUGGGCAUGCUUGUGGCUGUUGGAAAAGCAUUACAGGGCGUCCCUCACGACCUGGCUGGGAAUCCUAGGAAAGUGGACUUGCUCGCUGAUCUCAUAUCUCUUUGUGCGAGGUGCUGCAACCGAUGGGCUUAUCUGCACCUCCUCUUUCCAGGCUCUGAACGACUGAGCGCUCUGCAAAUUCAUGUGCAGGCGUAUGGGCUCUACACUCACAGCUAUGCUUGUUCCGCCGUUGGGAUGAAAUGCCGACAUUCCUGGGUCCAGAAGAUCAAUUUCGUCCUUGCGGAACCUGAUUUUCUUGACCAGGAAGAGAUUGUUAUGAUCAGAGAUUAUGCGGUCAAGGAACUGGGCAGACUAAGCCGUGCUGGAGAGGAGGAUCUAUCAAUGGACAUCGCUGUGUCCAGGUUGCAGGUGGAAUAUGCAGGGGAGGAGAUGGCUGAGGCGUUGGACUUGUUAGGCGUGGACGAUGAUUGGGAGGUGACCACAUCAUUAGAGUAA